UCUAUGGUCUUUACCAUACGGUUGCCGAUUGAAUUUUCUUACGGUGAAACGUGCUAUUAUUUGUCAAAAUGCAAGUGCCACCAAUUUUUAUGGAACUGCCCUUAGACGACCAGGCGCAAGAGUUAAGGGUAUAUUUUAAAAGCCUUGGUGCAGAAAUCAGUGAAGAAAAAUCGCCCAAAGGUAUAGAAGAUGAUUUGCAUAAAAUUAUUGGAGUAUGCGAGGCCUGUUUCAAAGAAGGAAACGAAGUUGAGAUAGAAACUGUAUUGAAUGAUAUUGUUUCUAUCAUGAUUUUGAUACCCACAGAACGUGCGGAAAAUUUAAUUUUAGCAUUUUGUGAAAAACUUGUAAAAGCACCUGGAUAUAAGCUGGGAUUGGUGUGCUUAAAAGCUUUAUGGCUAUUAUUCCAGUCACUUGCUGACGAUUCUCCAAUGAGAUAUCAUGUUUACUAUCAUUUGGUACAAAUAGCUCGCAAUGUUGAUCAAGUAAAAGCUGUAUACAGUGGAAUAGAUCAAUUGAAGCAACAGUUUGCCUCUUUUCCACCAUCAAACGAACAAAUGCAGAAAUUAUUACGCUUGUUGCAUGAAGUUCUUUUAAGCUGUAAACAAGGAGAACAAGCAGCAGCUGUUAUGGUGGAGCUUUUGGGUACUUAUACAGCAGAAAAUGCUUCCGCAGCAAGAGAAGAUGCACAACGUUGUAUAUUAGCUGCGUUAGCGGAUCCAAAUACAUUUUUAUUGGAUCCACUUUUAGCAUUGAAACCUGUGAGAUUUUUAGAGGGCGAAUUGAUACAUGAUUUACUUCUUGUCUUUGUGCAAGAUAAACUGCCAGCAUACCUACAUUUCUAUCAACAUCAUAGAGAAUUUGUUGAACAUCAGCUUGGAUUAAAUCACGAGCAAAACAUGAAGAAGAUGAGGCUACUGACCUUUAUGCAACUUGCAGAGACAAAUCCAGAGAUGUCUUUCGAUACAAUACAAGAGGAAUUGCAGAUCAAUGAAUCUGAAGUCGAAAGCUUCAUAAUUGAUGUUUUAAAAACCAAGCUUGUAAGAGCGCGCAUGGAUCAGGCUGGUCGUAAAGUAUUAAUUUCGAGUACGAUGCACAGGACAUUCGGUCGUCCUCAAUGGAUGCAGCUGCGAGAUUUACUCGUAUCAUGGAAAGCCAAUCUUACAUCUGUGCAAGAUGGUAUGAAGACUGUAGCUGCUGCGCAAAUGGAGCUCGCGGCAAAGAAUAAAGCUACACUUGCUCACUGAUAGUAAAGUUACAUGGAUGAUACAUGAAAAUAUUCUGCAAGUAAGUCUUAUAAUACAAAGUCAAAACUUUUUUCUAGAUUGACAAAAAUUUGCGUGCAUAGUUUUGCUAUAUAAAUUCUCUUGAGAGAGAGAGAAUGCAAAUGUAAUACUGUAAUACAAAUUAUUUUCAUUCAUCUUUAUCUAAAUCAUUUACUUUAUAAUUAAAAGUGGCAAAUAAGUUAAUGUUGUCACAUUCUAAAAAAGUCUUGACUUUGUACUGUAAAAAUUACUUACAGAUUAGUGUGUAUGUAUUUAUAACAUCAUACAUACAUACAUACAUAUACGUAUAUCUCUAUAAGUGAUUAAUAAAACCAUCUUAAGUAUAA